AUGGCCUGCGCUGACUUCCCGCUGAGGUGGGAGAGCACGGGGGACCAGUGGUGGUGCGCCGCUCCCAUCGACUGGGCCGCCGCCAACGGCCACUACGACCUCCUCCGGGAGCUCCUUCACAUCGACGGCAACCUCAUCAUCAAGCUCACCUCCCUCCGCCGCCUCCGCCGCCUCGAGUCCCUCUGGGACGACGACCCCCGCUUCUCCUCCGCCGCGGCCGCCCGCUCCUCCAUCGCCCACAAGCUUCUCCUCGACUGCGAAUCCCCCUCCGGCGGCAAUUCCCUCCUCGCCGCCGGCUACGGCGGCUGGCUCCUCUACACAGCCGCCGCCGCCGGCGACCUCGUCUUCUCCGGCGAGCUCCUCCGUCGGGACCCGUUUCUCGUCUUCGGCGAGGGAGAGUAUGGUGUCACCGACCUCCUCUACGCCGCCGCUCGGAGCAGGAGCUCCGAGGUGUUCUUCCUCCUGCUCGAUCGCGCAGCCGCUGCCGGCCGAAGUGCAGUCUUCGCGGCGGAGAUAGCCCACCGAGCGGUGCUCGCCGCCGCCCGAGGGGGGAGCUUGGAGCUCACGGUGGAGCUUCUCCGGCGAUACGGCGGCGACGUCCUCUCCUUCCGAGACGCCGCCGGCUCUACCGUCCUCCACGCCGCCGCCGCCCGCGGCCACGUCCAGGUCAGCUUCUGCUUCAUCUUCAGCAUCUCCUCUCUCUCUCUCUAUCUCUCUAUGUCUCCGGAGAAGGCCGCGACUUUGGGACGUGGAAAAUGUAAUCUAUCAGUAGUCCUCUCUGUCUCUCUCUGUCUCUCUCUCGAUCUGUCAAUUAACUGAUUGUUGUUCUUUGUGUGCAUGCAGGUGGUGGAGGGGUUGCUGAGAAUGUACGAUAUCGCCGACGAGAGGGAUGGCCAGGGGAACGCCGCCGUCCACGUGGCGGCCUACCGGGGGCAGGGCGCCGCCGUGGAGGCGUUGAUCCUGGCGGCGCCGCCGUGUGCCUACGCCACGAAUGGUGCCGGCGAGAACGUCCUCCACGUGGCGGUGGCCGGCUUCCGGGCUUCGGGAUUCCGGCGACUUGACCGGCAGAUGGCGGUCGUCAGGUUCCUCCUCCAUGGCAGACUAGUGGACGUGGGGAGUCUGGUCAACGCCCGAGAUAGGCAAGGGAGGACGGCGCUGCACGUGGCGGCGGCGAGGAACAUCCACGCCAACGUGGUGGCGCUGCUAAUGGCCGUCCCCUCGGUCGAGGUCAACGCCCGGGAUGUCAACGGGAUGACGGCGCUGGACCUGCUGCGCCGCCGGCCGCGGACCGGCUCGUCUGAGGUCGUUCUCCGGCGGCUGGUCGCCGCCGGUGGGAUCGCGGGGUUGAAAGACGAGUCGACCCGGUCGGCGCUGGUCGCCCAGCUGAGGGCAAACCCGCCGGCGGCCAGCCCGGGGACCCGAUUCCGAAUUGCUGACUCGGAGAUCCUCCUCUUCGCCGGAGGCGCCCGGCGGAGCUCCGGCGACGGCAGAGGGAACGACGGCGACGACUCUUCAGAGGAGGAAGAAGAAGAAGAAGAGACGGAAUUCAGCUGGGCCGAUGAGGACGGGCCGGGCUCGGGUAGGGUUUCUGGGCCCGUGGAGGUGGAGAAAUAA